GAUACUCAAUUUUUUUAAAAACUUAAGAUACUUUCAUCACAGGCUUCCAUUUUCUCUGGCCUUAAGCCUGUGAACAAGUUCAUUCUAGUGGAAGAAGUCACUGUUUUGGAUCCAGUGAGUGUUCAACGGAGAUACCGUCUUCACGGAAUUUAAAGUUUUUGCAGAGGAAAAAAAAUGUGUUCAUUAAGGAACUAGUACAGGACAAAAAGUAGUCUUAGGAAAAACAGUGCAGAUGAGCUAUGGUCAGCUUGGAGGGCAGGUGCUGUUCCGCUCCUGCAGAACCCAAGGAUAGCCUGAGAGAGGAAUUUGCACUUGAAUGGACAGGGCUUGAAAGAUGGUUGAGAUUUGCCCUUCAGGAUGGAGGGGAAAGCAGGAGCUGUCAUUCUAGCAGAGAAAACAGCAUCAGCUGAAGGUAGAGAGGUGGAAAAAGUGUGUAAGGAGCUGUAACUAUUUCAAGGGUGAGGUUUGAAAAGGUGAAAGGUAAGAAUUUGGAAAAUAAAGUUGGGAAAGGUUAAAUUGAGCUAGGUCAUAAAAGUCUUGAAAUCCAAGAGGCUUGGGUGUUGUUUCAUAUACAGCAAGAAGACUACAAAUGAGUAGGAAUGGGGAGAAGCAUAGACCAGGGAACUGGAAGCUGUCCUCAUUGAAAGCAAAAGAAAAAUGAAGGCCUAAGUUACUCUGGGUGGCUGAGUUGAGGCCUCUCAGGCCAAGCUGUAACAGAAAUGGGGGAAAGAGUGCUUGGCAGAAACCAAAAUAAUACUAGAGUACAUCCCCAGGCUGAAGUGUGCAAUCCUGCUCAAGUUUCAAGAGAAACAAAAUUUUGGAUUUUAAUGUAAAAAUCUCUCAGUGGUUUACAUAUGGGCUGCUAAUUUAAAAAACAAGUAGAAGCAUGUCUGCAUCCAAAUGUUUAGUUCCUGUGUAAAAAUUGUGCAGCUGUAUAGAGGUAUUAAUGUAGGGUUUAUUAAUUCAUUUUUCAGUGUUAAUUCAGGAGAUUGCUGUCAUAUUGGAGGUAUAUACAAAAACAUUUGAUAAGUAUUAACAGUAUAUCCUGCAGCUAUGAAGUCUUCAUACUGUGACUUCUUUCAAUAAAGUAAACCUCUCACAACAUUGUUUUUAAGUUCUAAGACCUAAUAAUGAGUGAUCAAAUCAAAUUCAUUGUGGACAAUCUCAAUAAGGAGCCUUUCAAGAAGAACUAUAAUUUAAUCACAUUUGAUUCCCUGGAACCAAUGCAACUAUUACAAGUUCUCAGUGAUGUACUGGCUGAGAUUGACCCAAAGCAAGUUGUUGAUAUCAGAGAGGAGAUGCCAGAGCAGACCGCCAAACGGAUGUUGAGCCUUCUUGGUAUCCUUAAAUACAAACCUCCAGGAAAUGCCACAGACAUGAGUACCUUUCGACAGGGUUUAGUGAUUGGAAGUAAACCUGUAAUUUAUCCAGUGCUCCAUUGGCUACUUCAGAGAACUAAUGAACUGAAGAAAAGAGCAUAUUUAGCUCGUUUUUUAAUAAAACUUGAGGUACCAAGUGAGUUUCUUCAGGAUGAAACUGUGGCUGAUACCAACAAACAGUAUGAAGAGUUGAUGGAAGCCUUUAAAACUUUGCAUAAAGAAUGUGAACAGCUUAAGACAUCUGGAUUUUCAACAGCAGAAAUAAGAAGGGAUAUCAAUGCAAUGGAAGAAGAAAAGGAUCAGCUCAUUAAGAGAGUUGAACGUUUGAAGAAAAGGGUGGAGACAGUUCAGAAUCAUCAGUGGAUGCUUAAAAUAGCAAGGCAACUUCGAGUUGAGAAAGAGAGAGAAGAAUUUCUUGCACAACAGAAACAGGAACAAAAGAAUCAGCUAUUCCACGCAGUGCAGAGAUUGCAAAGAGUACAAAACCAGCUGAAGAGUAUGCGUCAUGCUGCAGCAGAUGCAAAGCCAGAAAGUUUAAUGAAGAGGCUAGAGGAGGAGAUAAAAUUUAAUUCAUAUAUGGUAACUGAAAAAUUUCCAAAAGAAUUAGAGAAUAAGAAAAAGGAAUUGCAUUUUUUGCAAAAAGUGGUUUCAGAGCCAGCAAUGGGCCAUUCUGAUCUUCUUGAAAUUGAAUCUAAAAUCAGUGAAAUAAACACAGAGAUCAAUCAGCUGAUUGAAAAGAAAAUGAUGAGAAAUGAGCCAAUUGAAGGUAAUCUCUCAUUGUAUAGGCAACAGGCGUCCAUUAUUUCUCGUAAAAAAGAAGCCAAAGCUGAUGAACUUCAGGAUGCCAAGGAGAAGUUAGCCAGUCUUGAGAGAGAAGUGUCAGUAAAGACAAAUCAGACCCGUGAAUUUGAUGGGACUGAAGUUUUGAAGGGAGAUGAGUUCAAAAGAUAUGUCAGUAAACUUCGAAGCAAGAGCACAGUUUUCAAAAAGAAGCAUCAAAUAAUAGCUGAAUUUAAAGCUGAAUUUGGUCUCCUGCAGAGGACAGAAGAACUUCUCAAGCAGCGUCAUGAAAAUGUUCAACAUCAGCUGCAAACUAUUGAGGAGAAAAAGGGUAUAUCUGGGUAUAGUUACACCCAAGAAGAGCUAGAAAGAGUCUCGGCACUGAAGAGUGAAGUUGAUGAAAUGAAAGGACGAACAUUGGACGAUAUGUCCGAAAUGGUAAAAAAAUUGAAUUCCCUGGUAUCAGAAAAGAAGUCAGCUCUAGCUCCUGUUAUAAAAGAUCUACGACAAUUGCGUCAGAAAUGCCAAGAACUAACCCAGGAGUGUGAUGAAAAGAAAUCCCAGUAUGAUAGCUGUGCAGCGGGCCUUGAAAGCAAUCGGUCCAAAUUAGAACAGGAAGUUAGAGGACUCCGUGAAGAAUGUCUUCAAGAAGAAAGUAAAUAUCGUUAUACAAAUUGUAUGAUUAAGAACCUAGAAGUUCAACUUCGUCGUGCUACCGAUGAGAUGAAGGCAUAUGUAUCUUCUGAUCAACAAGAAAAGAGGAAGGCAAUUAGGGAACAGUAUACCAAAAAUAUUGCUGAACAAGAAAACCUUGGAAAGAAACUCCGGGAAAAACAAAAAGCUGUACGAGAAAGUCAUGGCCCAAAUAUGAAGCAAGCAAAAAUGUGGCGUGAUUUUGAACAAUUGAUGGAAUGUAAGAAACAGUGCUUUCUGAAACAACAAAGCCAAGCUUCCAUUGGUCAGGUAAUUCAGGAGGGAGGAGAGGACCGGCUGAUACUCUGAAGUCAUGUAAUGAUUUGGGUUGUAGCUGAUGUUACUAGCACAAUCCCAUAAUACAUUUCCUUUCUUGGAAGUUAUUUGUAUAACAUUUUGCUUUUAGAUUAGCCAUUCUUUAUGUGUUCUUGGAAAGUAAAGUUAAGGUAGACUUAGGUUUUAUAGGUUUUUUAAAAAAUAUGAAAAGCAGGCGUUUAUUGUUUAGCUUAGCUUAGGCAUCAGUAGUGUUUCCUGUGAAUAUAAACAUAUGUCCAUUAAGAAACAUGUAGUUUUUUUUAAAUGUAAUAACCUAAUAGCUUAAUGUUUUUCUUAAUUUUUUUUAACUUUAGAGGAAUCUUUUAGGAAGUAGUAUCUCUUGUUUUGAAGAAACAUUUAUCUGAAGUUCAGCAGUUCCUACAGUUUCACUUCAGUUUCUUUUUCUUCUGUAAAUGCAAGAAAGUACAAUAUUUU